AUGGCCACCACGGCGCAGUACUUGCCGCGCGGCGCCUCGCUCCUGCCCAUGCCCGCGCCGGAGGCCGAGCGGCUGCACCAGGGCCCCACCUACCGCGAGGUCCAGAAGAUGAUGCACCACGAGUACCUCCAGGGGCUGGCGGCCACCCCGGGCCACCCCAUGGGGACCCUCCCGCACCACCAGUGGCUGCCGGGCGCCACGGGGGACUGGGGCGGCGGCGGCGGGACCCACCUGGACCAUGCCAAGGCCGGCAGCGGGCCGCGCGGAGACCUGGACGGCGGCGGAGGGGGCUUCCACUCCCGCUCUCACCUGGUGCACCAGCAGGCAGCGGGAGGCGGCGGGGCUCACUGGGGCCAGGGCGGCCCGACGCAUCACCUGGGCGGCUGCCCCGCCGCCAUGUCCCCGACGGCGGGCGGUCCGCAGCCCCUGCUCUAUUCGCAGGCGGCGUACCCGGGGCUCAACGGAAUGCUGGGCCCGCAGGCGCCCGCGCUGCACCUGCCGCACGGCCACGACGAGGUGGCCGAGGCCCACCUGGAGGGCUCCCCGACGCCGCUGGGCCACGCGGGGCCCGAGCCGCCCUCCGACGAGGACGCGCCCAGCUCCGACGACCUGGAGCAAUUCGCCAAACAGUUCAAGCAGCGCCGGAUCAAGCUGGGCUUCACGCAGGCGGACGUGGGGCUGGCGCUGGGCACCCUGUACGGCAACGUCUUCUCGCAGACCACCAUCUGCCGCUUCGAGGCGCUGCAGCUGAGCUUCAAGAACAUGUGCAAGCUGAAGCCGCUGCUCAACAAGUGGCUGGAGGAGACCGACUCGGGCAGCGGCAGCCCCGCCAGCCUGGACAAGAUCGCGGCGCAGGGCCGCAAGCGCAAGAAGCGCACCUCCAUCGAGGUAGGCGUGAAAGGCGCGCUGGAGAGCCACUUCCUCCGUUGCCCCAAGCCGUCGGCCCACGAGAUCACGUCGCUGGCGGACUCGCUGCAGCUGGAGAAGGAGGUGGUGCGCGUGUGGUUCUGCAACCGGCGGCAGAAGGAGAAGCGCAUGACGCCGGCCGGGGGGCCGCACCCGCCCGCCAUGGAGGACGCUUACUCGCAGGGCGAGGCCUCCCCGCCGCUGCACCAUACGCUCCGGAGCCCGGUGCAAUGA